AUGGAGUGCGCCGACUACCUGAUCGGCUCCGGGCGGAGGUGCCCGUCGUCGUCGUCGCCGCCGUCGACGUCGAGGGAGGCGGCGUGGUGCCCGGAGAAACAGUGGCGGAAGGCGGCCAACGUCAUCACCACGUGCCACAGGCUGGUGCGGCUCAGGUUGGCUCGCCUCGGCUUCCUCUCCGCCGCCAUCGUGCGACGAGCCAAUUCGUACGUGGAGAUUCACGUCGACGACGACGACGACGCGCUGGGCGUCUCCUGCGGCGGCGAUGGCGAGGCCGUCGUGGCGUUCACGGUCGCGGCGGACGACGAAUCGUUCAAGGGACUCGUCAAGGACAGGCGCGAGGGCCGCUUGCGAAGCCUGGGUGGCGGCGGAGGUGUCGCGGCGGCGCUGGCGUCCGGCGCGGAACGUGGCAUCCGCGGCGACGGCGCCGACGUGGCGCGACGCAAGGCGGCGUUCGGUGAGAACACGUACCCGAAGCCCAAGCCCAAGAACUUCUUCCGCCACGUCUGGGACGCGCUCGCCGACGUCUUCCUCAUCGUGCUCCUCGUCUGCGCCGUCGUCUCCCUCGCCUUCGGCAUCAAGGAGCACGGCCUCAAGGACGGCUGGUACGACGGCGUCAGCAUCUUCCUCGCCGUGUUCCUCGUCGCCGCGGUGUCCGCGGUCAGCAACCACAGCCAGGCCAAGAGGUUCGACAAGCUGGCCCGGGAGUCCGAGAACAUCACGGUGAGUGUCGUCCGCGCCGGGCGGAGGCAGGAGGUCUCCAUAUUCGACGUCGUCGUCGGCGACGUGGUGGUGCUCAAGAUCGGCGACGUCGUCCCCGCCGACGGCGUGUUCCUGGAGGGCCACGCUCUGCAGGUCGACGAGUCGAGCAUGACCGGAGAGCCGCACCCCGUUGAGAUUGACGCCAGAAGGAGCCCCUUCCUCGCCUCCGGCGUCAAGGUCGUCGAUGGCUACGGCAAGAUGGUCGUCACCGCCGUCGGCACGGACACGGCGUGGGGCGAGAUGAUGACCAGCAUCACCAGGGAGAACACCGACCCGACGCCGCUGCAGGAACGCCUCGAGAGGCUCACCUCCAGCAUCGGCAAGAUCGGCGUCGCCGUCGCGCUGCUCGUCUUCACCGUCCUCACGGCGAGGCACUUCACCGGCAGCACCAAGGACGAUCAGGGCAGCCCGCUGUUCGACAAGCGCAACGUCACGUUCAACGCCGUGUUCAGCGGCCUCGUCGGCAUCUUCCAGCAGGCGGUCACCAUCAUCGUCGUCGCCAUCCCCGAGGGACUCCCUCUCGCCGUGACACUCACGCUCGCGUUCUCCAUGAAGAGGAUGGUGAAGGAGAACGCCCUGGUGCGCCGGCUGUCGGCGUGCGAGACGAUGGGAUCGGUCACCGCCAUCUGCACCGACAAGACCGGCACGCUCACCCUCAACCAGAUGAAGGUGACGGAGUUCUGGGUCGGCCCCGACCGGGCACACUCCGUCGCGGCGGUUGCCGGCGGCGUGGUCAGCUCGCUCUGCCAGGGCGCCGGGCUCAACACCACCGGGAGCGUGUACAGGCCGGACAAUGUGUCGCUGCCAGAGAUCACCGGCAGCCCGACCGAGAAGGCGCUGCUGUCAUGGGCGGUGGAGGAGCUCGGCAUGGACGCCGGCGCGCUCAAGAGGAAAUGCAAGGUGGUGCACGUCGAGGCAUUCAACUCCGACAAGAAGCGAAGCGGCGUGAUGGUCAAGGACGCCGCCACCGGCGAGGUGACCGCACACUGGAAAGGCGCCGCAGAGAUGGUGCUCGCGAGCUGCUCGACGUACGUCGGCGCAGACGGCGUGGCGCGUGAGCUUGGCGUGGAGCAGAGGAGGAAGCUUGAGCAGGUGAUCAAUGACAUGGCGGCGGCGAGCCUCCGGUGUAUCGCCUUCGCCUAUAAGCAAGUCGUCGACGGCGACGGCCACUCAACGAUCGAUGACGAGGGACUCACAUUACUGGGCUUCGUCGGUUUGAAAGACCCCUGCAGACCGGAGGUGAGGUCCGCCAUUGAAGCGUGCACCAAAGCCGGCAUCGCUGUCAAGAUGGUCACCGGCGACAACCUCCUCACGGCGCGUGCCAUUGCCAAGGAAUGCGGCAUCAUCUCCGACGAAGACACCACCGGCGUCGUGAUCGAGGGGCACGUGUUCCGCGCCAUGUCGCCGGACGAGCAGCUCGGGAUCGUCGACAAAAUCCGCGUGAUGGCGCGGUCGCUGCCCCUGGACAAGCUGGUGCUCGUCCAGCGCCUGAAGCAGAAGGGCCACGUGGUGGCCGUCACCGGCGACGGCACCAACGACGCGCCGGCUCUGAAGGAGGCCGACGUCGGGCUGUCCAUGGGUGUCCAGGGCACCGAGGUCGCCAAGGAGAGCUCCGACAUCGUCAUCCUCAACGACAACUUCGACACGGUGGUGACGGCGACGCGCUGGGGACGCUGCGUCUACAACAACAUCCAGAAGUUCAUCCAGUUCCAGCUCACCGUCAACGUCGCCGCGCUCGUCAUCAACUUCGUGUCGGCGGUGACCACCGGCAAGAUGCCGCUGACGACGGUGCAGCUCCUGUGGGUGAACCUGAUAAUGGACACCAUGGGCGCGCUGGCGCUCGCCACGGACACGCCGACGGAUGGCCUCAUGCGGCGGCCACCCAUCGGCCGCACGGCGCCGCUGAUCAGCAACGCCAUGUGGCGCAACCUCGCGGCGCAGGCGGCGUUCCAGGUGGCCGUGCUGCUGGCGCUCCAGCACCGCGGGCGCGACGUGUUCGGCGCCGGCGAGAGGGCGAACGGCACCAUGAUCUUCAACGCGUUCGUGCUGUGCCAGGUGUUCAACGAGUUCAACGCGCGGGAGAUCGAGAGGAGGAACGUGUUCGCCGGCGUGGUCCGCAACCGGAUGUUCCUCGGCAUCGUCGCCGUGACGGUGGCGCUGCAGGUGGUGAUGGUGGAGGUGCUGACGAGGUUCGCCGGCACGGAGAGGCUCGGGUGGGUGCAGUGGGGCGCCUGCGUCGGCAUCGCCGCCAUGUCGUGGCCGAUCGGGUGGGCCGUCAAGUGCAUUCCGGUGCCGGAGCGGCCGUUCCACGAGAUCAUCGCGGCGAGGUGGAGGUCGUCUGUUCGUCAUAAUAAGCAUCAGCGCUCCGUUGUUCAUGUCUCCCAUUAGCUUAGUUGAUUCUUUAAUUAUGCUACUGUGUAUUAUUUACAAACUUGUGAUAGAAUAUAAU